GGAAACUAGUGUGUUUACCUAACCUGCAGUGUUAUAUUCAGGCCAAAAUCGGCACAAGCAACGCAGUGGCUGAAGUUUCUGUAUUGUAGUCAUGUCACAGCGUAUGUCCACCGCUAAUGCAUCCUCCUCUUUAAGCUCAUUUCUCUACAUCUAGCGAGAGGUGAACUCUACAAUUAUGGCGUUUUAAAACAGAAAGGGAUCCUUUGGGGGGAAGGAGGCCUUUCCCCUCAGGUUUGGUGGACUGUUGGAUCAGAAGGACUACUGGUUGUUGAAGUUGUUGCAUUUUGUAAAUGAUUAGGUGAAAAUACUAUUUUUGCAAGUUCUGAGAUAGAAAUUUUUGUAUAAAACACAUGAAAUUUUGUAUUUAUUGAAUUUAGGAUGUCAUUAUAUGCUGCAAGCAGCAUUGUUUAUUUUCAAACCUCGGUCAAUAUGGUGGACUGAGUCAAGUCCAGCUAAGGCCCUGGGGUUGCUAGGGUGCAGUGGAACCUCAACACAGGCACGAUUCUAGCACUCCAGAUCAUCUCGACUUCUUCUGUUCCUAAACCUCACACCACACGUUUUCGGUGGGGGUUGGAACUGGGGCUGGUGGAUUUGUCUGAAGGACUUUGUAACAGAAGGAAAGCGGUUUCACAAUAAAAAUUAGUUGGAGGCCAGGAUGAGUCUGGCACCAGCAGACUGCACCCCCAAAUGCCGGUCCCAACAGCACGCAGACCAGGUCAUAGCUGCCUUAACUGGGGGGUCCGAGAGGCAACUCAAGGCGUUUCUGACUUCAUAUUGUCACAAUGCAACCACCCUGCGCGACGCGUUUGGCCGCACGGCCCUUCACCUCGCGGCCUCGCUGGGAAAGAAAGCGGUGCUGGAGUGGCUGCUGGAGAGCAAGGGGGCAGACCUUAUGGUAAAGGAUAAGGAAUCUGGCUGGACUGCUCUGCAUCGCAGCGCUUUCUAUGGACAGAUUCACUGCCUCACAUCACUCAUCAAGCAUGGUGGACUUCUUUCCACCCAGGAUAAGGAAGGUUUCUCUGUCCUGGACCUGACGAUGAAGGACCGACCAGCACAUGUUGUUUUCAAAAACACUGACCCAACAGAAGUGUACACGUGGGGAAACAACACCAAUUUUAGUCUCGGUCACGGCAAUCAGGAGAGCCGGCAGCACCCUGAGCUUGUGGAUGUGUUUGCCAGGUCUGGAGUUUACAUCAAGCAGGUGGUGCUGUGUAAGUUCCACUCUGUGUUCCUGUCCCAGAAAGGCCAGGUAUUCACCUGUGGGCAUGGACAGGGAGGAAGACUUGGCCAUGGAGAUGAACAGACCUAUCUGGUUCCCCGAAUGGUGGAGGGGCUCAUGUCCCACCACUGCUCCCAGGUGGCGGCGGCUAAGGACCACACUGUGGUGUUGACAGAGGAGGGCUACGUUUACACCUUUGGUCUCAAUACCUUCCACCAGCUGGGCUUGACUCCUCCUCCAGCCUCGGCGCAUGUUCCUAAACAGGUGUUUGCUAAAAUGCUAAAGGGUAGGAUGGUGACUGGAGUUGCAGCAGGAAGGUUCCACACAGUUCUUUGGACUAGAGAGGCUGUGUAUACCAUGGGCCUUAAUGGAGGACAGCUGGGAUACUUGCUUGAUCCGAACGGGGAAAAGUGUGUGACAACCCCCAGGCAGGUGUCCGCCCUCCACCACAAGGAAGUUGGCAUAGCCAUGGCCGCAGCAAGUGAUGGAGCAACAGUGGUCGUGACCCAGAGGGGGGAUGUUUAUCUGCUAGCUGACUACCAGUGCAAGAAAAUGGCUUCAAAGCAGAUUAACAUCAAAAAGGUCCUAGUCAGUGGUGGCAGUCUGGACCACCGAGUAGCGCCACAGGUUUUGAAAGAGGGAGGAGCUGAAAAGGUGUCCAUCUUGGCAUUAAACGAAGCGGGCAGGGUGUUUUGCUGGCGCUCCUCGGGCAGCUCUGUGAGACAGUGCAGGUGGGCGUAUCCACGUCAGGUUUUCAUGUCGGAUAUUGCUCUCAGCAAAACCGGCAUGAUGUUUGUGACUCCUGAUGGAGAAGGCUUCAGUGGCAUGUGGGCUGGAGAACAUAAGAAGUACGGAGAAAAGAAAGAGGUCACUGUGGACGUCUGUGGUCAUUCAGACUCUGGCUCACCUUACGAACGAAUCCGUCUGGAGAAACUACCUUUUGUCCACAGAGCUGUCGGCAUCACCAUGGAUUCAAAAGGCAGAAACUUUGGAGUGCUACAGGCCGACCCCAAAACCAGCCUUUUCGAGGUUCCCAGCAUCUCUCCAUCCACCUUCUCCCAACACUUCCAGAGCCUUCUGGAGGAGGCAGAUGAAACUGACAACAUCCACGACGUGACUCUGCAAGCUGGCAAUCGCACCUUCUCGGCUCACAAGUACAUCCUGUCCAUGAGAUCAGACUUCUUCAGGAAGCUGUUUAUGACUGAUCACCGCGGAAAUGAAGAGGAGCUCGAUAAAGAAGUCAGAAGGAGCGAAGAUGCAGUGGGCUGUGAUUUGCUCAUUUUGGAAAAAAUCCCCGCAGACAUGCUGGAAUACGCGCUGCGCUUCAUGUACACAGACUCCUGUGAGCUGCUGGUGCACGGGGCUCGGCCCAGAGCCUCAGGAGUCCCGACUGCACAAAACCAGGAUUCAGAGCAGGGGAGGCUUAUCAGCAGUCUGCAGGUUUUGGGUCUGAGAGAUCGUUCGGCUCUUGAAGUCUAUCGUUCCCUUUCCCCAUCCACCAAAGAGGACAACAACAAGGCCAAGAACAAGGGCCUCAAGGUGGGCAAAAAGGCCAAAGGAGGCAAAGGGGACAAGACUGGAGCCAAUGAGGGCGGGGCUAACCCUGUCAAAAGCUUACAGGCUGUUGCUAAAAAGCUGGGCCUGGGGAGCCUGUCAGCACGACUGGAUGGCGUCAGGUAUGAAAAUGGAAGGAUUUCUGUUGUGCAGAAGAAGAGCGGCAGUAAACCUAAAUUCUACCAGAAAAAAGGCUCUUAUCUGUGUGAUGUCACUCUGAAAUCUGAAGAUGGGAAGGAGUUUCCAUGUCACAAAUCUGUUCUCUGUGCACGACUUGAAUACUUCAGCAGUAUGCUUGGGAGCUCAUGGAUCGAGGCAACUUCCUGCUCAGCACUGGAAAUGCCGACCACCUCUGAGAUUUUGCAGGUCAUUCUCGAGUACAUUUACACUGACGAGUCCUCCACCAUUAAAGAGUGUCAGAAUGUGGAGUUUGUGUGCAACGUGCUGGUGGUUGCUGACCAGCUGCUCAUCACGAGGCUGAAGGAGAUGUGUGAGGUUGUCAUCACAGAGAACUUGACCUUAAAGAAUGCUGCAGAGCUGCUGGAGUUUGCCACCAUGUACAACGCAGAGCAGCUCAAACUAUCCUGUCUCCAGUUCAUCGCUCUCAACAUGGCUGCUCUGCUGGAGUCAAAAGCUCUGGAUGUUCUCAGUGACGAGGUCCUAGUGGAGCUUUCUGCAGCCUACAGGAGGCUGAUCCCAGCGAUGCAGAAGCGAGUCAUCACUCCCUAUCCUGAUGCUCCAGACCUCAGCCUGUAUGAGGAGGAGGAUUUGGACUCUGCCUUCGGUACCAAGCCGGAGACAGAAUUGGAUCUGUCAUGCAGGGAAAUCGUGUUAAAAAAGGCCAAAAUAAAAGCCAAAAAGAAACCAAGGCGGCGCUCUGACAGUUCAGGAGGUUACACCCUUUCUGAUAUCAUCCACAGCCCUCCUGCUGCGGUUGUGUCUCCACUCUUGGUGAAGUCGGCCAAGGCCAACUCGACAGAGUCCCUGCAGGAGCUCCUGACGUCAGACUCGGACGGCAGCUGCAUGGGAGCAGGCAGUCCCAGAGACAUGCAGUCACCUGUCUUUGAUAUCCGGACGGAGGAGGAGGGGGCUCUCUCCCAGACGCCCACAACACCAACUUCCACCAACAGUUUUCAGACCCCCCCUAACUCCUGUCAACAAAUCAGCAUCAAGGGUUUUUUCAGUUCUGCCAACAGUCCUCCAGUCCUGGACCUGAGGACCAUCAUGCAUAUGGAGGCCAACUCUCUGCCGACUCGCUGUGCGAUUCCUAAAAACUCUGGAAGCAGCAAGCCCUCUCCAGUUUCCUCUAAGCUGUCUCAGAAACAGAGGAAGAUGUUGGCCAUGGUCAGCAAGGAGGCUGGUGGGGAGUCUGCCGCCCCCACAGCCACUCCACCCAAAAGCAGUGGGAAAGCCUGGGCCAGAGCCGUCCAGUCUCCUCCCUCCUCUUGCUCAUUUCGCGCUCUGCUGGAGGAGGAAGAGAGCAAUUCAGUCAGAGCUGAAGAAAUGAGAUCACAAAGGGCCCAGAGCGCCCUGGGAUCCCCAGUCAGUGCAACUCCAGCCAGCAAGAGAGUCACGUUCAAAUGUGCUGAAAACAACGAGCCAGAGAGACCCACAGGGCCCUGGGUGCUGGGGGCAGCCGGCAGCCCCCCCCUCUCCUCCCCGGUGACCUUUGCUUCCAUCGUAGAGGAGGAGAAGCAGCAGGAAGCGGCGCUGAUCCGCAGUAGAGAGAAGCCGCUGGCGCUCAUCCAGAUUGAAGAGAGAGCCAUUCAGGACCUCCUGCUUCACUAUCAGGCGCAUGACAACCCAGACGAGCUGAUCGUGGUGGAGCGGUCCUCCGCAGGGCCCAUGGCGGCCCCCACCUGGCACAAACACUGAGGAUGAGUCAUGUGGCGGCGUAACAUGCCAUCAGACUGAGAGCCUCGCCUCUGGCUGUCAAUUUUAACUGUUUACCACAUCCAGCUUCAAGCUUUGCUUCUCUGCAGUGUCGCCUUCAUUUAUUUGUUUGCUAAGUUUAAGAGAGAAAAAGAGCUUCAGUCUCAGAGGGAGAAGUUUAGAGCUCCUCUUUAAUUUGGAUUAGUUCAAUUUUUUCAGUGUUUUUUUUUCCCCUUUAAAAAUGCAACUAAUGUUCCUAAAAUAGAGACGGAUUGAUGUUGUGAUCCCAAAGAUCUAAAACGUCAAAUCUAGUUCUGAACUAAACGAUUAGGACCGUUUCUGUGUGGAUGCUGUCAAUAUUUUUUGAUGAAAGUGCCAAACAUUGACUGUGGCAGAGCGUCAGAGCUUUACAUUGAUCUCAUUCAUGAACGUAUUGCCUCAAGUGAAUAGCAGAAAGCUGAUUAAAGGCUUCAAUGUUCAUCCGUCUUAAAGGCAUGUCUGUUGGAAAAGUGAAAUCCUGCAAAGUUGUGAAGAAUAGUUUGAAGUUCAGGAUGGAUGAGGAUGUCUGGAGCUGAAUUUUCUCAAACUCUUUUGUGUUCAGACGUCCAGCUGUGAGGAGAAAAUGGCACAAACUAAUAAAAUAUCUCACCCCUCUCA